AUUCUAUGAUGUCUUCUUUCAUCUAUAUUGUUGUUGUCUUGGCACUAGCAUUGGCCUUCAGAGCAACAAAUGCUGCGUGAGUAAACGUGUUCUCCUUCUCUAUGCUUUCUUCACAUUUCAAUGACAUUUGCUCUACAGAACUGGAACGGUCGAAUGUAUGGACACCCAAACACAUGCUAUCCUAGAUUACCACAGUGGACCUCUGCAACCUGGUCGUGUGAUCAUAGUCGGAAGCCCAAGGAAGCCUAGUGAUGUUUCUACCUACAGACCAAAUACAAAGUGCAUAUGGACCAUCACUGCUACAGGAAACACAAUGCUGGGCGCCUUCUACAUUCCCCGUCUCCAAUUGGAUGCACCAACGGGUGUAUGUGGACCACUCGCGGAAGAUAGAAUUGCCAUUAGAAAAAACUAUCAUGACAGUGAUUACCACUAUCUCUGCGGAGAAGAAGGUGAACGCAGUCUGGUGUACACUAUGCAGCACCAAUCAACACUCGAGUUCACAGCAGACUCUCAAAGCCAAAGUGAUGGUUUCUGGGGUUUGUUCUUUGAAUAUGAUGCCAACAAUGGCGACAACAGCACAGAGAAUCCCGAGGAUCAGGAUGAGCCAAUGCUUCCUCCUGAGGAGAUCGUUAUUCUUGAUCAACUGCUUGUUCGUGGAGGGCGUCAUGCUCUUUGUCAAUCUUGUGCUGCCAAGCAGUAUCUGGGUGACAGCAUCUUUGGCUGCCUCUGUCCAGGUUACAAUUCUACCUGCACUAGACGACGUCGUCCUACACUUCGCCCCACAUGGCUGCCCACCAGAAAUCCGACACAAAGAUCAACAACAGAACAUUCAGAGUAGACAACUGCAAUAACUCUUAGAAUAUACAGACAGUAGUUGACUCAGUUGUAUUGCUUCUUUAGUACAGUACCAGUUUUAUUGUACAGAUUGAUAGCUUUUAAUCACGCAAU